AUGGCGAACCAGCUUGCCCUCCGAUCUCUCCUCCACCAACCGCCCCAUGCCAUUCUCGCCGAUGCUAGCGCCCACAUCAUCCACUGGGAAGCGGGAGGGAUCGCACACUUGUCCGGGGCUAUGGUCCAGGGAAUCCGCCCGAAGAAUGGGCUCUACCUUACCCUGGACGACGUCAAGAAACACGCUGUCGUCACGGACGACGUCCACAAGUGUCCAACGCGGGCGAUUAGCAUAGAGAACACUUGUUCAGGGGUGAUAAUCCCUUUGGAGGAACUGCAAAGGAUCAAGGAAUGGGCCUCCACGCAUGACAUCGCCAUCCACAUGGACGGGGCACGGCUGUGGGAGGCAGUCUCAGCCGGGGCGGGUAGCUUAGAAGAAUUUGGCAGAUGCUGCGAUGUGCUGACAAUGGACUUCAGCAAGAACCUGGGCGCGCCGAUGGGCGCUAUGGUUCUCGGCUCGUCUGAGCUGAUCAAGCGCCUGCGACGGCUGCGGAAGAGCAUCGGCGGCGGUAUGAGGCAGGCUGGUGUCCUCGUCGCUGCAGCACGACAGGCCGUUGUAGAGAACUUUGGACUUGGGCCCCACGAUUCUCGAGGUGUGCUUGGUAUCAGUCGGACUCUGGCAGAGGAGGUCGGAAGAAUGUGGACAAUGAGAGGAGGAAUAGUACUGAAGCCUAUCGAGACCAACAUGGUCUGGCUAGACCUCAGCGGGUGUGGUAUCGAAAUGAGUGAGUGGAACGAAAUGGGGAGACAAUAUGGUAUCAAACUUGAUGGAAAAAGGGUCGUGCUGCAUCAUCAAAUUAGUGAACUGGCUAUGAAGCGUCUGGGUGCUGUGAUGGACGAGGUGCUAGGUCGAGUUAAACAGACGGCAGUAUUGGGUGCUGCGACGAAAGCCCGUUUGUGA